CCAGCUGAACACGUGCAGGCCUUGCGCCUAGUAUAUCACUGAUAAAAGAAGUGCUCCCCUAGCCCUAGGUACGGGCCUACGGUGAUAGUACAGAUAAGCAGUUCGCAUGUGGUGUCACUCCGGGGUGCUCAGGCCUGGUUAAUUAUGUACUAUACAGCCAGAGUCGCUGUUUAAUGAUUUAAAAGAAGUGUCGCUAGUGGUAUACUAUUGCAAAGCGCAGAGACUAGAUCCGAACUCCGAAGUAUUGUUGGAAUCAGCGAACGUUCAACUCAAUUGGUUCAACUUACUCAAGCGGCAGCACCACCCAUGCCAUGGCAUCGACUACACUCUUCAACUUCAGUGUGUCUUCUCAGGUGUUCCUUAACCCAGUUGACUGGAAGACCGUGCAGCAAGGGAUGAGGGACAUCUUCUUGGACUCUGGGUUCGAUGGCUGCCCCCACACUGUGUCCUUUGGGGCCAAUAACGGCAGCUUGAUAUUGUACUCCGGUCCCGAUGGGCGGUCGGCGGUUGUGCAGAGCUACGCGGAGGGCCUGAUCACAGUCAACAUGCAGGAACCUUCCAAGCAGGAACAUUUGCUGAUGGCGGAACAGCUGUGCACUCUGGAGAAGAGGUUGGCCACGCUGCUUGGUUGCGAAAAGUCCAAAAGGUUUCCAAGAAUCCAGCGAAGUAUCAGUCCCUGCGACCCUUACAUACCGACGGUCGACAACCGCCUCGUGGAGUACGACUUUGACCGGAUUGUGUUUGAGGAAGAUUCCAAGUACCAGAACAUCAAGAUUCAACACUCGCCGCAGUAUGGCAACAUGCUGAUUUUGGACAACGACCCAAAUUUGGCAGAGAGUGACAUCGCCUACACCAAGGCCAUCACAGGUAACGGUCGACAGGACUACAGGGGCAAGGAGAUUCUGGUCCUCGGGGGAGGGGACGGUGGGAUUCUUCACGUCCUGCGACAGGAAGACCCAGCCAUGAUCGUCAUGAUAGAGAUUGACGAGGUCGUCAUCAAUGCAGCUACAAAACACUUACGAGGAAUUUGCUUUGAUUCCAUGGACGAGCUGGAAGGCUCCAAUUACAAAGUAAUCGUCGAAGAUUGCGUUCCCGUCCUGAAACAGUACGCCACAGAAGGCAAGCAGUUUGACUAUGUCAUCAAUGACCUUACGGCAAUUCCCAUCACAACUGAACCACAGGGUGAUCAGUGGGACUUCCUGAGGCUGAUUCUAGACCUGUCCAUGAAGGUCCUGAAACCGACUGGCAGAUAUUUCACGCAGGGCAACGGAGCCAACAUGCGGGAUGCGUUGGCCAUGUACGAACAGCAGCUGGGCAAGUUGAGUUUCAAAGUUGAAUUCAGCAAGGAGACGGUCUGCGUCCCUUCCUACAUGGAGAUGUGGGUCUUCUAUGAGGUCUGGAAGCAGCAAGGCCAGAACGGAAGCUGAACAGAAUGCCACAGCAGGUGUAAAUCCAAGUACAAGAUAUGUCCAAUUUCCUUUUCACCGAAGAUUUUCUAAUCCAUGCACUCAUAGGGUUUGAUCAGUAGGCCACAAAUACCAAAGGUGACUGUGUGGUGUUGGUGCAAGGUAUUGUUUGUUCAUUUGUCCUUAAAGGGAGUGAACACUAUUGGUUUUUUGUCGUAAUUUCACAAGAUUACACUGUAUAAUAUUCACAUUCACAUUCCACCGACUUGUUUCAUGUUUGAGUCAACUGUUUUGUGAAAAAUUGAGAAAAGCAGUGUGGCAUUUUCAACGCUGAAAUCGAAGGUCUUGUAAUUUAUGUUGUGUGAAAUCUAUGGAUUACAGGGCAGUCGUAGUAAGCGAAUAACAUCCUUGGGGUCAGAUCGGGAAACAGGCAUGACCGGUUCUCUUUCCCUUAAAAAAGGAGCAGUUUUUAACGGUUAGGAGUAAUCACUGAAUUUACCUUGGAGUAAUGCACCUCUUUGGCAAUGUAGCAUUGCGGAUUUAUGAAAAACUUCAUCCAGGGGCACUGUCAACUUGUGUCCGUGGCACCGAAACGAGUUGGCCUAUAUGACAAUGCACUUACGCGAGCAAAUGUGCUUAAUGACCGCACUUUCACGUCAGUUGACGCGUCAGUGAAAGUCUAAAAACUCCAUUCUUGAUUUACUAAUAAUUAGAAGCAAAGAGGAAAUUAUGUCUGGAAACACGGGAGGUUUAACGUGUGGAAAUCAUACUUGCUGUUGACGGAAAUCCCUUUCACCGUUCUGCUCGGAAACAGCCACCAUAUUUGGAUCAUACCAUUAUGCUCUAGGGGUGAUUUUGAAUUCACAAAGUUUUCACAUUAAGAAAAUCCUUUCCUUAAGUAAAAUUUAACUUUAUACUGAUCCAAUUUAUUUUAUACUUUACACUUUACACUCAGGUUCCUAUAAUUUCAGUUUAUAAUGCUUUUGGUGAAUUUCUGUCGGUCUAUUUUGAGCUGUUUUUAGGUUUACCUGUUCAUUAAUGGAGACUCCCACAACAUCUACAACCUCGACACACAAGAAAAUUGGCGCCUGUUAAAGAAUGUGAUGUGCGAAGGAAAAUGAACUCAGAAUAUGCUAGUCUGCUGACCAUCGUAAAAAAGAGAACAAAAUUUCUGUUUUCUGGAGACUAAAGCAUUCUGGGCAGAAAGAUUUGGCAGACUGAUUGAGGCUGUUGUGUACUUUUUCACGUGAGAUAUUUCAGGAUUAUACACUUGUCCACUGUAUUUUACCAAUGGUGUACACUACCUUAACAUGGAUUAACUCCGUAUAGCUUAGUUAUUUAGUAUUUUUUCCAUGGCUGAUGUAACAUUAUUUCUGUAAAAUAUUCUUCUGUAGAGAUCGAAAUUGGACACAUUACAGUGCUUAGAAAUCA